AUGAUUCAUCAUUUGGAUUUUUGGGACAAAUUCCGCAAAGUUCUGGUUUCACAGACUUCUCAGCUGAUUUCUGCAGUAGUUCUGAAUUACUGGAGAGUUACUGUAGGCUUCCCAUACUACCAACCGAUGCCAACAAUUUUAUGGAUCCCCAUGGAGACAUGGAGAGGGUGGAUUCUGCAUCUGAAGGCUUACGAUAUCAAGAUCAUGGUUGUGAUUGAUGGACUAAUGCCAUUAUCCUACUACAGUCUGUCAGUACUGAAGAUUUUGUAUAUUUGGUUUCGUCUACAUGGGAAAGAAGUCAGACAUCUCAAGGAGACUUAUGAUUUGGAGUCUGUUUUAUCGCAUGGUCCUUUCACUAUUUGA